GAAGCCGACUCUUGUUUACAGCAGAGAUCCCACGGAGGACCGCGGACCCGCAACGCUGCGUUAACUCAGGGCGAACCGCAGGACUUCAGCCUCCGUAUCCACACGCGCGCAACGGGACCCUCUGUUUGCGCUCUUCUUCUUUUAAAAAAAAUCUUUUAACAACCCCCCCCCCCCCACGAGGAUUACAGAGAAAACACGCAUAAAGGGCAACUCCUUGUGGACACGUUUCUCCCUCUCCAAACCCCAGCCGAGGUCGCGUGUGACGCCGAGGAGCUGGAGACCCAUUCUCUCUGUUGCGUGGCACACGUCUGGUGUUUUCCUAGUCCGACCCGAGGAGAGCAAAUUGUCCCCGAGGCCCGGGGGCUGCUGCUGCUGCUUUUAUGGGGGAUUGAGAGCCUGCGCUGUUUGGAUGGCAUAAACCAAAGGAGAGAGAGAGAGAAAAGGGGGUUUCAUUCAUUUUCCACCUCGCGGCCACCACCCUGUGGAUCUGGACGUGUUUUCUGCCCCGGUCCUUCCCUCAUACACAACAACCGCAGGGGGGGUUGGUGUUAGAAACACUGGCGUUAAUGUAUUAUGGUGGAAAAGGCUGCCAAGGAUAACAUUUAGUGGGAUAUCUGUUGUACCGUCAGUGUCGGGCCUGAUUGCACUGUAAGCGCACUGCUGUUUUCAAGAGAUGGAGACUGAAGAUGGGGAUUACCAUCAUUUAUCCAGAAAAAUCACUGGCUCGUGUGCCAUACCAGCCGACGUCAAAGUAUCCCGUGAUUGGCAAAAAUAACAAACUGUUUUAGGCUUUUUUUUUUUCAUCCUUCAGAGGAAUAUCUCGUUCCUGCGAUUUUGUAAACAUUUAUUCCUAUUUUUCAGAGUAAACCCUGGAAGCCACGCAUUUGCGGGCUACCAUAUAGUAGCCCUCUUGGGCUACAGACAUUUUUUUCCUCCAUAUUCUUUGCAGGGCUGGUGUGUACAAUUAUUUAAUUUCAAUUCCAUCCCUGCUUUUUUAUUUUUUUUUAAUUUUCAAACGGAGAAUGAUGUUGAAGAACAUGAGCUGUGACACACGGAUGCGUAGCGCGACCUUGUUUUGGGGGCUGAUGCUCUCCUUCUCUAUCUGCAUCUGGUCCACACAUGGAGAGAUCUGUGGUCCGAGUAUCGACAUCCGCAAUGACAUUGAGGAGUUUAAGCGGCUGCUGAACUGCACGGUGGUGGAAGGCUACCUGCAGAUCCUCCUCAUCACCGACAAGACCAACAACAUCCAGCAGGAGGCCUUUCGCUCCCUCUCCUUCCCAAAGCUGACCGUCAUCACCGACUACCUGCUGCUGUUUCGCGUCUCGGGCCUGGACAGUCUCAGCAUGCUCUUCCCCAACCUGAGCGUCAUAGGGGGGCGAAAUCUCUUCUACAACUACGCCCUGGUGAUCUACGAGAUGACCAGCCUGAAAGACAUCGGCCUGUACAACCUGAGAAACAUCACUCGAGGAGCGCUGCGGAUCGAGAAGAACCCCGAGCUCUGCUACCUGGACUCCGUGGACUGGUCUCUUAUUAUGGACGCCGAGUUUAACAACGUCAUCAAUGGGAACAAGAAGGCAAAAGAGUGCGACAACGUCUGCCCAGGCAUCAUGGAGGAUAACCCUCUUUGCCGCAGGACGUCGUUCAAUGACAACCUCGACUACCGCUGUUGGACCUCCAGUCAGUGCCAGAAAGUAUGCCCCGAACACUGCAAGCUGGCCUGUACAGACCAGGGGGAGUGUUGCCACAGCCAGUGCCUGGGCAGCUGCACCGAACCCAACAACGACAUGGCGUGCUCCGGCUGCCUCCACUACUACCACGAGGAUCGCUGCGUGCCGGACUGUCCCCCAGACACCUACAAGUUUGAGGGCUGGCGCUGCAUCACCAUGGACCUGUGCUCCCAAGUGCACCUGCCCGGCGAUACUCCCUUCGUCAUCCACGGGGGAGAGUGCAUGCUCGACUGCCCCUCUGGCUUCACGCGAGAGGCAAACCGAAUGUUUUGCACUCCCUGCAAUGGCCUGUGUGAUAAGGUCUGCACGUCGCCCAUCAUCGACUCGGUGAACGCUGCUCAGUCCCUGAAGGACUGCACCAUCAUCGAAGGCAAUCUGGACAUCAAUAUCCGCCGUGGAAAUAACAUAGCGUCUGAGCUGGAGAGCUUCAUGGGGUUGAUCCAGACAGUGACGGGCUACGUGAAGAUUCGGCACUCCCACGCACUCGGCUCGUUGUCCUUCCUCAAGAGCCUGCGUUACAUCAGUGGCCAGGAACUCAUCGACAACAUGUAUUCGUUCUCUGCCAUCGACAACCAGCACCUGCAGUACUUGUGGGAUUGGAGUCAACACAACUUGACUAUUGAGAAUGGACGUCUCUUCUUUCGCCUGAACCCCAAACUCUGCAUGAUUGAGAUCCACAAUAUGUGGGAGAAUACGGGCAUUGCCGUGAAGCCAGAGAAGGGCGAUUUCCGUAACAACGGUGAACGAGCCAGCUGUGAAAGUCAUGUCUUGAAGUUCAAGUCUAACAUCACUACGAGCCACAGCAUGAGGCUGACAUGGGAGCGCUACGCGCCGCAGGGCUACAGUGACCUGAUCAGCUUCGUAGUCUACUACAAGGAGUCCCCGUUUCAGAACAUCACGGAGUUUGACGGACAGGAUGGCUGUGGCUCAAACAGCUGGCACAUGGUGGAUGUGGAUUUGCCUCAGGAUAAAAUCAAUGACCCUAAAGUCAGUCUUCAACAACUGAAGCCCUGGACCCAGUACGCUAUUUUUGUGAAGGCCAUCACCCUCCAGGUGGAGAACAAACACAUUACUGGAGCAAAGAGUGAUAUCAUCUACAUCCGCACACGCCCAUCACCGCCGUCUAUGCCCAAAGAUGCCCGGGCGUUUGCCAACUCCUCAACCACGUUAAUGGUGAAGUGGUCGCCUCCAGCCUUCCCCAACGGCAACCUGACGUACUACCUGGUCCGAUGGCAGCAGCAGCCCGAGGACAGGGAGCUCUACCAACAUAACUACUGCUCCAAAGAGCUGAAGGUCCCGAUCCGUCUCCCAGCCACAGGGUUCACGGACAUGGAGGACAACACCAAGCCCACCAAGUCAGACCUAGCAGGCGGAGACAAGGGCCCAUGCUGUAAAUGCCAGAAGACGCCUGAGGAGAAGGACAGGGAGAAAGAUGACCGCGUCUUUUUGAAAAUCUUUGAGAACUUCCUUCACAACGCCAUCUUUCUGCCGAGGCCUCCAGAUCGUCGACGUAGAGACGUGUUCGGCUCGGCUAACGACACGCUGCUCCAUCACGGUGUCGGCAGGGGAAACUCCACCAUUGGUCCAGAGGAUAACAGUACCGAUGGUAUUCCUCCAAUCAGGGAGUUCCCCUUCUCAGAGGACAAGAGCACAGCCGAAUAUUUAGAGAUCCUCAACUUGCGACCUUUCACUGUCUACCGCAUCGAUAUCCAUGCAUGUAACGAAGAGGUCGGGCGCUGCAGCGCUGGAGCCUUUGUCUUCUCCCGGACCAAACCGGCAGGCAAAGCAGACGACAUCCCCGGAAAAGUGACCAAUGGGAGAAGUGACAAGGUUGAAGGUUGUGUGGUUCUGCACUGGCCGGAGCCCUUCAUGCCCAACGGUCUCAUCCUGAUGUACGAGAUCAAGUUUCGUCUGGAGACAGAGCCUGAGAAACACGAGUGCGUGUCACGGCAGCAGUACCGCCUGUACCAAGGAGCCCGGCUGACCAACCUGGGCUCGGGGAAUUACUCUGCUCGCGUGCGUGCCACUUCACUUGCAGGGAACGGCUCCUGGACAGACAGAGUGUUCUUCUACGUGCCUCCACCCAAACGAGAUGAUGGUGUGGCGUUCUAUUUGGUCAUCAUAAUUCCCAUCAUAGUGACACUUUUCAUCGCCACCCUCACCACGGUUGUCUUCUUUGUGAACAAAAAGAGGAAUAGCGACAGACUGGGGAAGGGAGUCCUUUAUGCGUCUGUCAACCCUGAGUACUUCAGUGCUGCUGAAAUGUACGUCCCAGAUGAGUGGGAGGUGGCCAGAGAGAAGAUCACGAUGCACAAGGAGCUGGGCCAGGGCUCCUUUGGCAUGGUGUACGAAGGACUCGCCAAGGGAGUGGUCAAGGACGAACAGGAGACGCGAGUGGCCAUCAAGACGGUCAAUGAGUCGGCCAGCAUGAGGGAGCGCAUUGAGUUUUUGAACGAAGCCUCUGUGAUGAAGGAGUUCAACUGUCACCAUGUGGUGCGGCUGCUGGGCGUGGUCUCUCAGGGACAGCCGACCCUGGUGAUUAUGGAGCUGAUGACGCGAGGAGAUCUCAAGAGCCACCUGCGCUCUCUGCGCAAAGAAAACGCCACCAGCCAGGUCCUACCCCCGCUCAAAAAGAUGAUCCAGAUGGCAGGGGAAAUUGCCGACGGCAUGUCGUACCUAAAUGCCAACAAAUUUGUCCACAGAGACCUGGCUGCCAGAAACUGCAUGGUAGCUGAGGACUUCACUGUGAAGAUCGGAGAUUUUGGCAUGACCAGAGAUAUUUAUGAGACGGAUUACUACAGAAAAGGAGGAAAGGGCCUGCUGCCAGUCCGCUGGAUGUCUCCAGAGUCGCUGAAAGAUGGCGUGUUCACUACAAUGUCUGACGUUUGGUCGUUUGGUGUCGUGCUGUGGGAGAUCGCCACCUUGUCAGAACAGCCUUACCAGGGCAUGUCCAAUGAACAAGUUCUGCGCUUCGUCAUGGAGGGGGGCCUCUUGGACAAACCUGACAACUGCCCUGACAUGCUGUUUGAGCUGAUGAGGAUGUGCUGGCAGUACAAUCCCAAGAUGCGGCCGUCCUUCCUGGAGAUCAUCAGCAGCAUCAAAGAGGAUCUGGACCCUCCCUUCAGGGAAAUGAGCUUCUUCUUCAGCGAGGAGAACAAGCCGCCCGACACCGAGGAGCUGGACAUGGAGGUAGAAAACAUGGAGAACAUUCCACUGGACCCCGCGCCCACCAGGCAGCCCCCUACUACUGCUGCCACCGCACCUUCGUCGGGAUGCGUGGUCGGAGGCACGCCGCCCCCCGCCGCCCAGCAGUUAUCCCCCAUGCAAGGCCCGGGCACUCCCUUAUUGGGACCCAUGUCCCCCGCCUCCCCUGGCCGGGUGGCCUCGGCGUCGCCGGGCCAGGCCUCGGACAAGCCCUCGGGACACGUUUCGGCCAACGGGCCGGCGGUGGUGCUACGGCCCAACUUUGACGAGUUGCAGCCGUACGCGCACAUGAACGGGGGCAGAAAGAACGAGCGUGCGUUGCCGCUGCCCCAGUCGUCGGCCUGCUGAUGUCAGACCAGCCCCUCGUCCUCCUUUUCUCCUCUCGCACAGGGUAACUCAAACGCCUCCUCCGUCUCUUAAGGAGGUCGGUGUGAAAGGUGAGAAACGACUCUCUUCUGCUGGCUUCCAGUAGAUGGUCUCUCCAGUCCUUGAAGCGCUAGAGUCUGAGGAACAGUAGAGAGACCUGCUAAAGCAUUUAGGAGUUUGGUGGCUGGGACUCAACACGGAGGAGCUCCUUCCUGUGCCGCCUGUGUCGUUGUUAUAUAAGUCCGUUGAGAAGGAAAACAUUACAGGCAUGUUCCCUGACAUACACAUUUAGACAGGAAAUUAUGGUCAUUUUUUUAGCUUAUCUGCCAGCAAAUCCAACAGAAGAGCACUUUUUUUCUGGGUGUGUCUUUGUACAGAACACGUGAUUCUAAUAUGGCUCCAUUACUAAAAGACUUUCAUUCAAAAUGACUUUUUAAUUGCAUGAGCGGGCCGGCUCGUGUCUCGCGAGAAGGCCUCCAUCAGAAAGUUUGGACUAAGAGGGUAUCUGCCAAACAAUUGCCAAAUUAAGGUUCUUCUUCAGUUUCAAACAGGUCUCCCUCCUUUUCGGCUGUGGCUCAGAGUUGAGACGUCUGGUAGACUGCAGGAUUCAUGCUGGUGAGGGUCGUGGGGUGGGACGGUGUCACUGUUAGGGAAGCCUGCAUUCAAGUUCGCAGUUCAAAGGUUUUUGCAGCAUCUGCUUCUGGGUUUGGAAUAAAUCUAGCAAGACAUGAGAGACUUGGAGGAGAAACGGGACACUCGAGUGAUUUGUGUGAAAAGGGGAAAACGCAAAAGCACGGCUGUUUGAUUUAGAAUUUUGAAAUGUAACCAGUGGCCUUGUUUUAAUCAAAGUUUAUGCUUUUUUAAAAUCUAUUGAAGCAAUAUUGGUUAACAGGAAAUUCAUUAAAAAGAACGGCAAUGUCCAUUUUAUUUCAAACCAUUAGUAAAUUUACAAGUAAUCUGCAAUUCAUUUGGUAAUCAAUUAAAGGCCUUCUUUUUUUUUUUUAGCAAAAACAUGGCCAGACUUGGUUCUUCAGCUCCUAGCGUGCAGUGAUUUGCUGCUUUCUUUUUUUUUUUGGUAAACAGGAUUUUCCACUUUAUCACUUGAACAUCUGGGUGAAGCACAUGCGUGACUUGCGUCGGCCAACUCUGAAUCACAGUCUCAGUCUGUCCUUGUUUUGGUGAAGAAAAUCUAAACAAAGUACCACACGUUUCACAAAGUCACUGGACUUCCUAAUCAAGGAAUAUGAAUGUGCCUCCACAUAGAGACAAAGCUUUUUGACCUCUUUAAAACAGUGCAUUUAUUUUGGGAGGUGGAACAUUUUACUCUCUGACACUGCUGUUCCAAUGAAAUGGCACCAAAUAUUCCGUGACGAACAGAAACAUGAGAAAUUGAUUUUAGUAGCCGAGAGACGACUUUUCAACAGGUCUCCUUUAGAAUAGUCAUUAGUUUCUCUAUAUUUCAAACACAUAUAAAGGUCUUACAGUUGUAUUUUAGACUGCAGGAUAAUUUUUAUACACAUUAUUGGUUUUGUCACUUUUUUAAACUUUUUACAGUUCAAAAUGUUUGCCUCUAUGUCUGUAGAGAACAAAGCUGCUAUUUUAUUCUUUUUCUCUUUUGGAUGUGCAUAUAUGCAUAUAUAUAUAUAUAUAUAUAUAUAUAUAUAUAUAUAUAUAUAUAUAUACACACAUACAGAAAUCCUUCAGGUUUGGUAUUUCAUGGUCUCCACUAUAGUCCAUUUCUUAUAUCUUCAAUCUGUUUAAAAAAACAAAAAGCAACAAAAAACAUAAUUUUCUGUUACCCCAAAUGUUUUUCUGUAACACUAUUUUGUUCAUUGCCUUUUAUUUUUAUGAAAUAUUUUCUCCUGCAUUUGUUUGUUGUCUAUAUUAUUAUUAUUAUUAUUAUUAUUAUUAUAAUUAUUUGGAAUGGACACCUUAGCUCGAUGUGUGAGUGUGUACUUUCUGCACCCUUUGUGUACUAGCACUGCGCCUAGCGUUGCCCUACGUGCGACUCAAUCUCAGGUUAAAGUAAAGGCUUUGCUUUUUCCACACAUUCUCAUGAUCGUCCUCUACUUGGCUCAACGUAACCCCCCCAACCCCUUCAUGUUGUGUUGAGUCCAGUAGUGUCCCCCCCUCUCUCUUUUUUCCCUCUAUGCCUCCUUUUUAAGUCAAUGCGAGAUGAAUUUACACCUGAUCUGGUAUUUGAACCCAUCCAUUUCUUGCCUCCCCUCGAAUCAAUAAUUGGGUUGUCUUUUAAGCCAUAAUUAUGCCAACCAUCCCUCAAAAUAUAUAUUUCUUCUCCCUAUUUUGUAUUACUUCAGGCUCAAUAUAAGACCACAUCUGCUAAUGUUACUUCAUCGCAAUGGAUCUUAUUGUUUGUCUUUGUGAUCACUGCUUCUGAAAACCAAAUAACGGAUGGGUUAAAGGCAGAUGAAGUCCAGGAAAGGGAAGACAUUUCACUUUCGUGAAUGGAAAAGGGUCUUAAAUGGAGGCUGAAUGAAGGAUUUCUCCUUGUCUAUUUGGAAAUGUUGCCUUGUUAUUUCCCCCCCCUCUAUUUGAAGUUUUUAUUUUCUCUGUAGGAGUGUUAUUUAUUGAUUUUUUUCUAUUUUAUUUUCCCUCUUGUGAUAUCAGUUUAAAUCACUGUAUAAAUGCCCCAUGAUUCAGUAUAAAGUUUUUUUUUGUAUUUUUGUAUGUAUUUUCUUUGGUGUCAUGACUGGGGGACUUACAGUUUUAUUUUCUUUUUUCCUUCAAGUACAUAUCUACCUCACUCUUUUUAAAUCAACGUGUUUGUGCAUCUCACUUCCAUCAAUAUGUAUAGAAACCUCAUCUGGAUGAAUCCCACGGGGAUCUAGAUAAACCUCACAAAGUCAACCUG